CCUUGAGACACGGACCGUUGCGGAACAACACACAGGACACAAACUCACUUUCUCUGAUUCUGGGCGUAUAUUUGAGAGAAAGUAAUCUGUUUUCCGUCCAUCUUUAUUAUUUUGAAUGAAAAAGAAAACGUUUAUUUGCGCGAUAUAUAAAGCUGGUAAUAAUAUAGCAUUGCGGUGGGGUUAAAAAGGCAGGUGACAGGUGACUGAGUGAUUUGUUCCUUGGCUCAGGCGUUAUAUAUGGAGAGAGGGAGUGCACAUUUCAGAGAUCGCUUUCUGAUAGCGAGUGUGGAUUGAAUGGAACUGCGGAAUUGAGACGGAAGGCAUUAUUCUUGAUUCUAGAUGAAGAAUGAUACACAAAUCCAACGGGAAAAAUACCACUAAUUUUUAAAAUCUCUAAUUGAAAGGGGUUGAUUUAUAACGCAUGUGGAUGACAUAGCCUACCUAAAUGGUGCAUUAGUAUACAUAUCAACUUGCCACGCAAUUGGUUAAAUUGUCUAGUCUUAGUCUUACAGUUUAUUGUAACAUCGAAAGAAAUUGGAUAAUUAAUCUUGGCACGAUUCAAAUAAAUCAAAUGUAUUAGGUCAAAUAAUGGGAAUUUAGCACCACUCUAACCAGUCUUAGUACUUUACACGAUUAGGCAUUUAUUUUUCCUCUAUUGGAAACUAAUUUAAAUAUUUGGAAUUUUGAAGAAAUGGCAAUCAACACAGACACUGAAUUCGAGAAAUCUAACCUGGGAAAGAGCGGCGGCGCGCCCGCCAACGAGUCUCAGGAGACAGAGAAACUUCUCAACCUCGUAACCACGGAGCCCGCUGGCGGCAACGGUAUGAAAAUGUCCUCCUCCUUUACCAUCAACGUGGGGAGCGAAAAUAACCUGGAUGCGGACCAGAACGGUCACAGUGUACCCUUUAGGUCGGGCUCUGCGGGGCACCUGACCGCUGCCCCCCCCUCCCCGUCCCGGGUCAGUUUGAGUCGCAGUCGCACCUCUUCCAUCGGGAACGCCGCGGUCCAAGAGGCGCAAAAGCCCAAAGACUAUCUCAUACUGGUCAUAUUGUCCUGUUUCUGCCCUUUCUGGCCCGUCAGCAUUGUUGCUUUGGCAUAUUCAAUUAUGUCCAGAAACAGCCUGCAGUCGGGAGACAUGGACGGAGCUAAGAGACUGGGUAAACUGGCUCGCCUCCUCAGUGUCGUUUCCAUAAUCCUGGGUAUACUCACCAUAGUCGUCUGUGUAACGGUCUCUGUAACCAAGUGACCAGUGUAUAGACCAUGAAACAAGUGCACUGCUGCAAGCCAAGCAGAGGAUGCUGCAUGGGAAAAAAAUCAAUUCCGUUAAUUUGGAGAUUAAAAAUAAGGCAAACAAUUAAGAAGUUUAAAGAGUAGGACAUACAGUAGCAAAUUAAUGCAACACAAAAGAUCCAGAUAUGCAUGCAUUAGAUUCCACUAACAUUUGCUUGAUGAAGAAAAAUAAAAACCUUCAUAUAAAAAGUGUAUUUUAACAGAACAUGGGACAGUUGACUUAAGGUUUGAGGAACUCGCUACUCUCAAUUAGACUCUCUGUGGAGUAUAAAAAUACUCUUAAAAUCAAGGAGAGAGGGAUGAACAGAGGAAUGAAGUGCUAAACUUUUCUGUAUCAAGAAUGGAAGGAGACCUUGAAAAUGAACUCCAAGCUUUGGACUACAAACAUCAAGACAGUUGAAUAAUAAUCUGAAAAUAUACUUGGUUGACCUGACCUCCUGGAUUGAAAGCAUAUACAACUAUACAGAUAUAGAAAUAUAUAUAGAUGAAUAUAUCCAUUUACAUUUGAUAAAAGUUGUGUAUGUUGGGCUGAGCUGCGAUGAUUGAGACUUCAGUUAAGAUGGCUGCCUGACCGGCAGUGGCUGUCGCCUGGUAUAGGUUGCCGAAGAAUGUAAUAUUUGACCAAGGUACACAAUUCAGAGAUGUUUUUGAAUUUAUGUUGUUUAUUUUGUAGAUUUUUUUACAAAAAAAAAAGAGACCACUUGACUGUAGAUAGCCAACCUUUUUCAUUUUGUUUGUGAAUUCAUAUUUAUUUGUCUUGUGUUUUUACUUUGGGAUCAAACAUGCCAGGUGCUUAGAGACGAGUGAGUUGUACAAAAAUGAGUGUUUCAGCCCCCUGCCUUGCUGUGGGAGGGGUCUGACUAUAUCAAUGUGCAUGCCUAUCCUCCCCAUCCCUCCAACCCCUCUCCAAACAUCCAUGCCAGAUCAUGGGUAUAAGUCUGAGGAUAUGCAAUUUGUCAGAACAAUCAAUCACUCUCCACUGACCCCCUAGCUCCCCCUCCAAUACAACCCACCCUACUCCAGUACCUUGUCUCAUUACCUGGGACUGUUAACAAAGCUUUGACUGAAUGCAUUUCGUAGUACGACAGAGACCAACAUAAAUCCUUAACCUAUUGCCACCCUGCUGUAUCAGUAUGACAUGUAUUUAUUAGGACUAAACAGUACCCAGGUUUUUGGAUGCCACUGUAAGGACCUGCUGUAAUGUUAAAGGAACAUUGUUUUGAGGUUUGAUUGAUUAGCAGCAGUUCUCUCUGUACAUGUACUGUAACACACCAAUCUGUCUGUAUUCAAAUGUGCCACUAUGCCAUCUGGAAUAAGUCCGUGUUCAGAUUCAACUACGGAAACCAAACAAAGGACUGUUACAUUGACACACUUCAGAUGUUUAUUACAAGGUCAUGACACCUCUUAUAAAACCUUCAUAACACCCUUGUUUGUACUUAUAUUCAUGUUUUUAUUACUACUCAUAACAUUCUCCUGAACUCCAAAAUAAGUUUCAAUACUUUAAGUUGGCCAAUGGUUCUUGAUUCCACUGCUUGUAUUAUCAAGAGCUUAUGUAGGUGUUAGCUGCACAAAUUAGACCAAAGAGAGAAUAUGAUAAUGAUUUGAUUGCAUUUAUUUGGCCUGAAUUUAAAAGCUUCAAAGAGAUCUAAAAUGAUUGAUAAAGAACCUGUAAUUGGUGAAAUAGGUCAUCAUAACAUUUGAGAUCUCCUUUAGAGGAUUCAAACUAUGAACACCUAUUGGUUCAUUCCUUGCUGAACCCCCCAACCCCAAUAAUGCCCCUGUCUAAGCAUGCAAAGCACUAGAUCACUCCAGAUCCAACCCAAAGGGAGCAUUGACAAACCAUUUCUAAUCAGAAAGUCACAGCAUUUAAACCUGAACUCUUGACAACAUUUUUUGGCAUCUGUACUGUAUUUCUAGAAACAAAUAGAAAUAGGACCACAGCUGUUGAAUGACUCAACAUGGUCAUGAUGUUUAAAGGCACUGAACUACAGUACAUCUAUGGGUAUGAUAAAACUUGCUGCCCUUUUGGUUAUACAAGUCACAUUGCACAGUAGGAAGCUACUGUAGCCACAGCGUGCUUCACUAGACAGAUGGGCUGAAGAGACAUCCUUGUCUAAAGAGCUCUAAUGCUCGUCUUUGGGCAACAGGCAUACCUCAGUCUGGAAACUUCUCACACACUCCUAAAGUGCUUUUAGAAACCUGACUUUGGGGAGAAAGUAGAUGGGUGCUCUAUGUCAUACAGUAAGUGCAAAUGGCAGAGAGAGAGCGAGAGAGACCCCAAAACCAGCAAGGGAAAUUCAGUGACUCAGUCUGUCAUUGAAGACACACAAUUCAACUUAAUAACACACAUUUUUAUGGUAAUCACAUGAAAUAGUUCCCACUCACCUUCCGCACUGUUCUAUCACAUUCUCUGACCGUCUUUCUGCUGCGAGAUGCAUACGUGCCGUUCUGUGUCAGUAAAACAGUAACUUUCAAAAUCAUGUCUAUUUUUUUUAUGUCCAGAUUUUUUCCCCUUUUGAAUAACAUAUGCUGGUUUCCAUCUCUGCUGUGAACUUUCUGCAUGUCUGGAAUAAACGUUACCAUGCAUGGUC